AUGAAGUCUUCAAGUUUACCGACAAAUACUUUGCAGGAUGCUGGGCUCUACGCAGAACGCAGUUCAUUCCAAUCAAAACUUCUAAGAUCAAAGGACAUCGUUGCUAUUAGCUGCUCUUGGUGUAAAGUGUCUUAUCACAACAAAGAAUGUUGUUUUGACACCGACCUGAUUGGGGAAGAAUGCAAAAUGGGUGUUCAUGCUGGUAUUAUAGUCCCUCCAUCGUGGAUUAUUAAACUGCCUGAGAGAGGAAACUUUAAAUCAAGUUUAAGAAAAACAUCCAAGAAAAGACGUUCUAAAAAGAAAGGAAGAGAAAAGGAUAUCGAAAUGGCCCUGUUAAGUUUUAUAAUCAAGCCGAUACCAACUAUGUUCAUAAUACCGAUAAUAAUUUUCAUAAAUCCGAAAUCGGGCGGCAACCAGGGUUUGAUGUUGACACACAAAUUCCAGUGGCUUCUGAACCCCCGUCAAGUAUUCGAUCUGACUGUCGGCGGUCCGAAUCUCGGUUUGGAGCUGUACAAACGGGUGCCUAACCUGCGGGUGCUGGCAUGCGGAGGCGACGGCACCGUCGGAUGGGUUCUGGACGUAAUCGACAAAAUCGACAUUCAUCCCAGACCACCUGGUUACACAGACGAACCGAUCUCGAAAAUCCUGAGCCACUUGUCUCUGAGCGAAACCAUCUCCUUGGACCGGUGGCAAUUAGAAGUAACACCGAAUGAUGCUGGCGAUAAGUCUGAUCCAGCAAAGGAAAACUUGCCACUAAACGUUGUUAACAACUACUUCUCUCUGGGAGUUGAUGCGCAUAUUGCACUGGAAUUCCACGAAGCCAGGGAGGCUCACCCAGAAAAAUUUAAUUCGAGGCUCCGCAACAAGGUGUUCUACGGUCAGAUGGGCGGCAAGGAUUUGCUUAAGCGCAAAUGGAGGGAUUUGUCGGAUCACGUUACCCUCGAGUGCGACGGCCGAGAUUUAACACCAAAACUGAAGGAGCUAAAAGUACAUGCCAUUGUAUUUCUUAACAUUCCGAGAUCGAUGGGAUCUCACGAACAAAGCACCGAAGAUGGUUAUAUUGAAGUAGUGGGUCUAACCACCUACCAACUGCCUUUGUUGCAAGCUGGAGGCCACGGUUCCGCCAUUGCUCAGUGCCAGACCGCCACCCUUGUAACCGACAAAACCAUCCCGAUGCAGGUGGACGGCGAAGCAUGCAAAUUGAAUCCAUCUGUGAUCAAGUUGUCCCUGCUGAACAAGGCGCCCAUGCUAGCCAAGAAAAAGGGAAAAGGAGUCGUUCACCAUGCCGAAAUUGCCGAUCUAACCAUCAAUCUUCACCGAUUAAACAUCGCCGAUUACAAAGCGUACCAUUACGAAAAGAAUCUCUUAAUUGACUCAGCAAUUAAAAUGGGUGCGUUCGACAUCAACCCGACCAACGAUUUGGAAUACGUUCGAUCUUUGAUCAACAAAUUUGUUGACGGUUUGAAUGAUGACGAGAAAAUAAGCCCUGACUGGUGCUUCGUCGAUUCUAUUACUGCCGAACGAUUCUUCAGAGUGGACAAAGCUCAAGAGAAUCUCCACUACAUCACCGAUAUUUGCAGUGACGAUCUUUAUAUUUUGGAGUGCGCCGAUGAGUUGCAACUAUUGGAAGAUACGACAGCCGUUCCAUCACCUAGCUCCGCCGAGAAGGUGCCAUACAACAUUCCCGAAAUGCGUGUCAGCUAUGAAGGUAGCCUUGAUUCGCCCAGUGACUACCCAACAGUUUCUUCAUCAUCAACCAAAUCUGAAGAACCCAGCACAUCUAAAACAACUCAAAAUGGGUACAGUCUAUCACGUGACAAGCAAGCCGAAGCUAUGCUAAACGCAGCUAAGGUUGGUGAUUCUACCUUGAUUAAACUGCUUCACGGACAAGGAUGCUCUUUAACAAGCAAGGACCCUGCUGGACAAACAGUAUUACAUUAUGCUGUAAGGUAUGGACACAUGGAGAUCGUCAAAUACAUCCUUAUUUAUGCUUCUGAUAGUGUCGACGUGCAAGAAACGCACUUGGGUCAAACAGCUCUUCAUAAAGCAGUUGCAUACAAGUGGAAAGAACUAUGUGGAGUUUUAGUAGCCGCCGGGGCUUCGUUGACCAUUCAAGAUAAGAAAGGUCUCACUCCAAAAAUGCUGGCAGUACACAUAGGUGACCCAGGAAUUAUUGCCUACCUUGAGAGUCAGGAAAGUUUUCAAAAGGCUUACGUUCAACCAGGAACAAAUGUGUAAAUCCUUUCUACGUCGCAGAAUUUGAUAACGGCAAAAACGUUUAAACUAUUUCUUCUUCUCGAAAUGCCUUGCAGUGUGACAUGAUUUCUAAAUGUAUGUAUGUACCUAUGGAGGAUAUACUCAAUAUCCUGAUGAAUUGUGAUAAAGUUGUAAAUAUGUCAUGUUUUUUAAAAUUGAUGCUUCCAAUUUUAUUCUAAUUGUUAUUGAUUCUAAUAAAUAUAGUUAUAUAUAUUUACUAAAUGCAGGUCCAAAAUAUGUUUGUCAUCUUUAAACAGACUUGAUCGAAGUAAAUUUAAUCGGUGAUUUUUUAACUUUUCUACUUUUGUUUGUCAAUGUGUAUUUUAAAAAUAUUGGUACCUACUGAUUUUUAUUAAUUUUGUAUAUUUUUAAUUUUAAAGCACCAAUAUCUUUAAAACGGAGACCGAUAAAGGAAGAAAAUGUUAUGAGCUCCAGAAUCAACGACAUAAAAAUACUAAAAGAUACAAUAUUUAAGACAACGUAUUGCAUGACCUUUUUGACAAUCUUAAGAAUGGUUGCUCUUUAUUGCGAUAUUACGUUAUUAUAUUUUGGUGUUUUUUUUAAUUCGUAAUCUUAUAGGCUCUAAAAUUUUAAAACCAUAAUAAUCUGUU